AUGUUGAAAUCCCGCAAAGAAGACGCAGAUGCUUCUUCUCCAUUCAGUCGUUUACCAGACGAAAUCUUCCAUGAAAUCAUCAACAAAAUAAUCGAUUUGAAAAGCCUCUGUUUUUGUUAUCUCGUUUCCAGACGUUUCUCCUCGAUUGUACUUCAAGUCGAUGCCAUCGCCUUCACUGGUGAGUCCUUUGCAUCUGCCAUCAAUUUCUUUAUCAUGUUUAAAGGAUUGAAGUACGUAUGUAUCGAACUUCCGUCUAUUGAUAAUGGGUUUUUGUUCAAGUGGACGGUUAAGUUUGGUAGCAGCAUCGAAUCGCUUAUAUGUCUGUUGCCGGAUUCAGUUUGUGAUAAGGAUGGAGUAUAUCUUUAUGGAAAUGGGGAUGAAGAAGAAGACGACAUUGGGUUAAUACAUGAAUUUUGUGGCUUAAAACAUCAGAUUUCGAGUAUGUGUCUUGAGGAGGCGAUUCUGUGGCAUAUGAUGUUGUUGUACUUGGUUAAGUAUCUACCAAUGUUGGAAGAGGUUUCCAUUACUGAUUCUGGAAAAAGAGGGAGGCUUUCUCUGAGUGGGAAAAAACUCAUUGAGGUGAAGGAAUGGGUACAUUCAACUUCAGCUUCGGAAAUUGAGAGGAAUCGAAUAGAGGAUCCUGAUAUUGUGAGAUACUGUUACAUUCCCGUUUUGAAGCUGCCAGUUUCAGGGUACGUGAUGAAGGGAGUAACUUUUUUUGUAAUGGAGAUGAAAGAUCACCAGGGUGAGUAUGAUAGUUUUAUGAAUAGUGAAGAUGGUGGUUUUGAAGAUAAAGAUGAGGCUGCAUUAUACACGGAAGCUGUGAAGGAAAUUUUUGAGAAGAUGAGGAGGUUACAUACGUAA